CAGGUAGUAACAGUUACCUGCGUAUGGAACCCAGUGACUGGGGCAGAAGCUGGGCUGGUCUUUGCCUGCGGAUAGAGACAAGCCAAGGAUUGCGGGAAGGGACAUGAUGAGAGUGUUUUGCAGAAUAACGACAGGAAACCUGUCCUCUGGGGGAGCGAUUGAGAAGCAAAGAGGAGGAAUUCCAGUGUGAAAGGUUUGAACAGAGGUCAAAAACAUAUACCACCCUCAGCUUGGUCAUAAAGUUGAAGUAGACGAAGGCCAGGCAGACCAACAGGUUCUUCAUCAGAUAGAGGAGCGGCGUGACAAAGCCGAAGAAGGCAAUGAGGCCGACGCGCACGAAGAAGAAGGGUGGCUGGUUCUGGCCAUGGCGAUGAUGCGCUUCUACAUCCAGAAAGGCACACACAAGGGUCUGUACAGAAGUAUAGCAAGGACACUCAAGUUUUUCCAGACCUUUGCGUUAGUUGAGGUGGGACAUUGUGCCAUCGGAAUUGUCAGGACUUCUGUGAUCGUAACCGGGGUGCAAGUGUGUUCACGGAUUUUCAUGGUUUGGUUCAUCACCAACAGCAUCAGACAGGUCCAGAGUGAAGAAAGUGUAAUCCUAUUCCUGGUCGUGUGGACGAUAACAGAGAUUACGAGAUAUUCCUACUACACAUUCAGCCUGCUCCACCACCUGCCGUACUUCAUCAAAUGGGCCAGAUACAACCUCUUCAUCGUCUUGUACCCCCUGGGAGUCAUCGGAGAGCUGAUGACCAUUUACGCUGCUCUGCCGUUCGUACGCAGAUCUGGAAUGUACUCCAUGAGGCUCCCCAACAUGUAUAACGUAUCGUUCGACUACUACUACUGCCUCAUCAUCGUCAUGCUGUCCUACAUCCCACUGUUUCCUCAGCUCUACUUCCACAUGCUGCGGCAGAGGAGAAGAGUGCUUCACGGGGAGGUCAUAGUGGAGAAGGACGACUAGACGAUGCCGCCACCUUUGCGCCUUCAAUUGAGCCAGCCACGCCUCCUCAUCACCCUCAACCCCCCCCUCCACUUCAUCGCCACCUCACCUGUAGCACCAAACGGCCGUUACAUUCUUCAUCGCACGGGACCGGAAGAGCCGCACAGAUGACGACCGGGAAAGAGAGGAGUUAAUCAGUACUGAUUCUAAGUUGUUUUCUUUCUGAGUGGUAAUAUUGGAAACAUGUUUACAGUCCCAGUGUUGCUGGAGCUUGACGACGUGUCUCAGCACAGAGCCUUACUGUGACAAACAUGAGCCACAACACAAGAAAAUAAAAAAAAUAAAAAACAGAGGCUUCCAGGGAAAUGUGUAAUGAAUCAUGGGAGGGAGAACGUAAGUUGCGUCCCCCGAGUUGUCCCCACUCCCCAACAAUUGGCGGUUUUAUUAUUCUUUUUUUUUCCCAGUGAUUUUACACAGUGUGGCUGUAACAACACAAGCUUUUCAAACAGAGAUUAUACAUAGUUCUACCAUACCUCAACAAUAAAUCUACAUUUAGACAAUAUGCUGCUUCUUUUGUGUAUGUUUGUUUUACCAGAUGUGUAAAUGAUGCAUUGUGAAACGAGCGCUUGAUAAGCAUAUUUCUUAAAGAUGAUGUGUUCGCACAGCUCAAAACUUAACAUUUUGUCUGCUCGGCUCAGCUCCUGCUUUUCUUCUGUGUUGCUUUGAUGUUUACUACGAGAGUGCAUCUUAAACAAAUUUGAGUCUUCAAAAAGGUAGCAGUUUUUUCCUAGAGACUACAAUCCAGAUUUCUUUUUUUUUUUUUGUGGGCACUCACAGUCUUCAGUCGCUGUUGUUUGUUUGUUUUUUUUGACAUAAUCUGAUGUCGGUGUUGAUAGAGAGGUAGUUAGAUUCCCUCCUGCUCAAGGUGCUACUGUACGAUCAUUUCAAUCUUCUGUGCAGCUGAAGAAGAGACUGUGAUUGGAUUUGACCCAAAGUAGGAAAACCAGAAUGUGAAAUGAUUGAGAGGAAAUGUUAGACAUUGCAUAGCCCAUGGUUAGCGAAGAAAAUCAACGUUUUUGCUCCUAAUCUGGGUUAGAGAGGAGAAAAAAAUUAAUCUAAGUUGAUGUCAAAUCACUGGUUAUUUUUCAAGACAAAAAAGAAAAGUAGAAAUGUGAAAAUAACUUUUUGUGCAACGUCAAUAAACUAAAUACUACAA